AUGUCGAAGGGCCGCGUUUGCCUUGACACGAGUACCAUUCUGAAGUGGCUCGUGAACGACGGGUACACCGUUGUCGCUUGCAACAUUGAUGUCGGUCAAGAGGAGGACUGGGAAGAUGUUGAGAAGAAAGCUCUUGCGGUCGGCGCUGAGCGCAUGAUCAUUCGCAACAAACAGAAAGAAUUCGUGGAGGAUAUCGUGUUCAGAAGUAUUCAAUGUAACGCCAUCUACGAAGAUCGAUAUCUCCUUGGCACAAGUCUGGCUCGCCCGAUUAUUGCACGAGAGCUGGUUAAUGUUGCCAAAGAGUUCAACUGCGACUUCCUGAGCCACGGAUGUACUGCAUUGGCACCCGGCAUCAAGAUCAUCGCUCCUUGGAGGAUUCCUGAGUUCAUUGCCAAGUUCCAGGGCCGGGCGGAUCUGCUCGAGUACGCCAGGGUCAACAACAUCCCUGUCUCGUCCACUCCCAAGGCCCCUUGGUCUAUGGAUGCCAAUCUGGUGCACUGCUCCUACGAAGCUGGCAUUCUUGAAGACCCCAACCGUGAACCUCCCAAGAAUCUCUGGACGAUGACUGUUGAUCCGGUCGAUGCUCCUGACAAGCCGUACCACUUCUCCAUCGACUUUCAGAAGGGUCACAACCGAAGAGGUGUAGGUCGCGUCGACAUUGUAGAAGGGCGCUUCAUUGGUACGUAUUUUUUGCCUUUUUGUGCUCUUCAUGGUGUUUUGAGGGCAUCUCGGGAUGCAGUUGUGCUUCUUGACCUCGAGAUUGAUGGUGGAGUUCGCCAUUUGGUUCCAGUUGACCUUGAGGGCCUCACCUUGGAUUCGAAGGUUCGCGAGCUUCGUGAUACAUUUGUCACUACCGCCUGGAGCCGACAGUUGUACAAUGGAAUGUACUUCUCUCCAGAGCGUGAAUUCGCCGAGAACUCGGUCAUUUUUGCCCAGGAGGGCGUCAACGGUACUGUCAAGGUGAUGGCAUACAACAUUUCCAAGAAUAGCACUAACUUGAGGGUGACAGAGGGUAACGCCUACACGGUUGGCCGCAGCAGCGAGACCAGCAACCUUUACAGCGAGGAAGAUGCCUCGAUGGAUUCGCUCGAUACCUUUUCUCCUCUGGACACGAGCGGUUUCAUCGCUAUCCAGGCCAUCCGACUUCGAAAGUACGGCGAGGCCAAGAUUGCCCAGGGCAAGACUCUGUAA